UCGGGGGUGGGGGGGUGGCGACAACCGCGGCGCUGCUGCACCUACCCUGGCCUCCGGGGACACUCCGACAGGAGUUUGUGCCCCUUUGGCAACCUGGGGAAAACGGGAGACUCCUCUCUCACCCUACACCUUUGCUACUCAGCGAGCUUGGGUAUCUAUCUGUUGCACCUCCUUGCCUUUGGGCAGGGGGAGAGAAGCGAUUCGGAUCCUGGCGUCGCGUCCUUUCCGGAACAUCUCUCUCUCUCUCUCUCUCUCUCUCUCUCUCUCUCUCUCUCUCUCCCCCCUCGUGUGUGUGUGUGUGUGUGUGUGUGUCACAGAGAGAAAGAAAGAGAGUUUUUCAUGGUCUCUUCUAUUCUCUUCUUCCAAUCCCCCCUCCCUCCGCCCCUUCGUCCCUAGGGUGACAAGUUCUGCAUCCAUUUCCCCAACCUCCAUCCUCAGGAGGAGAUUGGAGCUGGCUGCCUCUCCUUUUCCCCACGGUCAAGGGGACUUGUUACCGGCCGAGUCCCUGCAGGCGACUUCAUACUCCCCAACCACUCCGGCUAAGCCGUCUCCCUGUUGCUCCUUUGGAACCCGGGCUUCCAAAGUUGGAAAGUUCGUGGGGAGAAGCGAUGGUGGGGAGGACAAGGAAGAGCUUGAGAGCUUGUCCCUGGGGUGACUUGAAGCAUUGCGGCGUGGUCCGGGGCGUGACUCGGGAGGGAGCCUCCUGGGCGGCUUCCUGCCUGGGGUCCACAGGACUCGAAGAGCGCGCGCGGGGAGCAGGUGCAAGCCGCCCCCGCCCGCAGCGCAGACUAACAGAGGUCGCAGCUCGCAGGCUCCCUCCCUCUCGCUGGGGGACUAGCAGAGCCGGAGAGGUUGUCUGCAGCAAUGCAGAGAAGUGGAAGUCAGCUGCACGGUGAGGAAGGCUGAGCACCUGGGAGCUGGACCUGAAGGUGGUAGUGAGGAAGGGGCGUCGUUCGCAGUUUAAUUUCAAUGUAAUGGGUCCAAUGACCCGGAAGGCAGCGACUUACUACGCCUUUGGGAUUAUAUAAAAAGGGACAGGAACUCAGCUGAGAGCUGAGGGGUGAAGGGUAUCACUGAAUACAUUGGCCUGGACUACAGCAGCGCUCUAGGUUUGGGUGUGCUUCUUGCUUUUCCUUCCAAGUCUGGCUUGUGGGAGCUUAGCUCCACUCUAGAGGUCACUAGGGGGACACAACUUUAUCUUGGAGCGUCAGCUUGCUUUUUAAUUGCUCAGGAGUACUCAAAGCACUUAUUGGAAAGCGUUUAAAAUCGUGAUCUUUAAUUCUUAAGAAGAUAUUGCUAUGAAAACACCUGGGAUUCUUUUGGUUGAAAUGAUAACCUAUGUAUGACAAUUUUAGUGCAACGUCUUUUUAAAAAAUAUUAUAGCUCCGGUAAAAUUAGAGGAGCUUUAAGCCUCUGAUUUUCCACCCAAUGAAUUAGUGCAUGGGUAUAGAGAUACACGAGUAAAGAAAGAAGAGAGAAUAUACUCAUCUACAAACAGUUUCCUCUCUUUAUCAUAAUAUCAAAGAAUUAGUCUAAACCCAGAUUGACAAGGCAUAUAAGCCUUGGUUCACUCCUUUUUAAUGGAGCCAUAUGGCACGAUGAGUGAAACAGAAGGAUUGGUUUUCAGCACUGCUGAUGUGGCUAUCCAUUGGCAGGAAUACAUUUCAUUCCCUCCCCAAACCUUGCAGACUGUAAAUGGUCCAUGAAGAGUGGAAAAAAAUUUUACAGUUUUAAAGUACAUGGUAGCUGGAGAAAAUCUUACCCUUGAAAUUAAUAAUCUUGGCAGAAAAAAGAUACAGAGGAGAUCCGAUUAAUGAAACAAACUUGUAUAAGAGAUUUGAUGAAAAAGACACCUCCCCUGUACUUCCCCCUCUCCUCAAAACACCAAAAAGUUUUUGUUCUGUAGGCCAGUAUGGAAUUGUUUGGAUUUUCUUGAAUAAGUUUAAUUUGGUAGUGAAAUGACUGAAGAAUAGCAGUUAAUGUUAAAUGUUAACGGUUUCUCUGGAAGGAUUAAUAAUCAAGCUUUCCUAGGACAUGUGGUUUCAAGAAAUGUUAUGUAGUACUUUAAAAAUACGCUUUUCUCCUGUUGCAUAUUUUUCUUAAAGGAAAAGUUAUGUUAUUUAGUUUCUAUCAAUUUGUGUUGAGUUGUUUUUGUUUUUUUAAAAACAAGUUCAUUUAGUAUUUCACAGAAAGAAAGGCACCUUUAAAAACAAAUCUUUGGAGUUUCACUUUAGUGAAGCAUGAUCGAUUGUGAUACCUGAUAGAUGACAGAAGCAGACCCAGAAAGUUGUAAUCUAUUGACUUGCCUUAAUUUUGCCUUUUAAGGGGAGAGCUCUACAAAAGCAUCUGACUGCAGGUUUGCUGAACUGCUCUCAGAUGUCUGCUUCUAAGCUACAACCAACUAAACCAGGACUGCCUGGUAGAAAAAAUUUCCAGACUUUAUUGGCAGGUGCAGGCUACCAGGGUGAACUUUGCUGGAUAAAACACUAUAGGUCUAGCAAUAUUCCAUGCUGUGUUGGUUAUUCGCUUACAAGAGCUGCUUCUCUCCUUAGCUACACUGUAUGCAGGGAAAGAUCAUUCGUCGGAACUCGUGACAGGCAAUUUGCUCAUUGGCUUCUGAAGUCCUAGCAAGAGAGACUACAUAUCCAUAAACCUAGAAAUUGGCCAAAGAGAAAUGCAGUUUCUUAACAUUGACAGAAGAGUAAGAUCUGUUGGCAGGAUUCCUCAAGGGACAUUAGCAUUCAUUUGUGACAUCUCAUCAAAAGGACAGUUUUUCAGAAAGGCAAAUGGAAUCUUUGACAAUCCAAUAUUGAUAAUAUUUUUAAUGAAAAAAUGCCAUAGUUCAUGAUUAAUAAAAGUCUUAUAAAUAAGCUGGUUACAUUGGGUAUAGUGAUAUUACCACCCCUGCCCCUGGCUUUUCCAAUAUUAGUACAACAAAGACUUCUUACUCAAUUACUUAAGUAGAAAGAUUGUGUUUGGAUGAAUCUGUUUAUUUAGCACAUAUUUAUUGAGCACUGAAUGUUCACUAGGUUAUGUGUAAAACACUAGGGAUACAGUGAUGAACUUGAUAGACAAUGAAGUAGGAGGAGGCCUGGAAGAGGCAGGGUGACAAAUACAUGAACCACAAAAUUUUACAUAGUAGUUAAUACCAGGAAGAAAUAAAACAAGGUAAUGUGCUAGCAAAUGAUUUUGAGGUUACUUUAGAUGACCUGGAAAGGUGACAUUUGUGCUGGGAAACAAGUGAUGAAGAAUAAUUUGCAUGCCAAGAACUGGAACAUAACACUGCAGGCCUUAGGUAGAAAUGAGGUGGUAGCUUGGCAUGUUCACACACAAAAGAAAAUGGUGUAAUGUAUAAGGAAGAGACAGGUAGGGAGAAGCCAGGCCCUUUUGAUCAUAAAAAGGAGUAUAGAGUUCAAGUGCAAUGGGAAGCCAUUGGAUCUUCAGUUGCUAUUUGGUGUUACAUUCCUCUCCUGGAAGAUUAUUUCAGGGAGAUGAGCAUGCCUAUGUCAAUUGCCUAGGUCAAUUGACCUAGACUAAGGUGACCCAAUAGACUUCACUUUUCUGAAAGAUCCAGUUAUACUCAUGUUAUUUUCUCUUGCUAUUCACCAGAAUACCUAUGCAAUUUCAGGCUGAGAUGUUGAUAGCAUCUCUAGGAAUCCCUGCUUAGAAAACAAUUCUAGAGAGAAUGAGGAUUAAUUUAACAUUUAGUACAAGAUGAUAAGAUUAGUUACUUCCCUGGCAGGCCUUUCAAUGCAAGUAAGUCUUAGGAAAAACAUAUUGUAGUGGUAGAGGGGGGAUUCUGAGGGGUCCAGAACAUGACUGUGCAGUUGGCAGAAUGUGGGAGGCAGCAUGAGGGGCUCCUAGGUAACAGAAAGGGGUCCAUGGAAAGAGGAGAAGAGUGAUGUUGGGAAGGGGACAUGAGAAAGCCUCUAAAACAACAUCAGCGAAUUCAUAAUUUUGCCAAGUGGAAGCCUGAUAUGAGAGUAUUCCAAGAGAAACAUUCUCAUUCAAAUACAGAAAAAGUUUAAAUCAGGGUACCUUUACUCUUUUGAUUGAUGUUUUAAUACUGAAGCAUUUGCAACAAUAUAAGCAUACAGAUGUUUACAAAGUCUCUGGUUUUACUUAAUCAUUAUUAGGUUGUUCUUAUGGAUUACAGACCUCGCAAAUGAAAAUAGCAUGAAAAUAUUAAUGAUAACUGCUGUUUGUUAGAGGUAGCUGCUUGAUAGCUAGUUGAGGAAAUUAUGAUCUUAUGUCUCAUUUUGCUGUAGAUAUGUUGGCAAGAGGGAUAUGGGAUGUAUUGGCUGAUUAUAUUUCCCCUGAGCAUUUGUGAUGAGAAAGUACCAUGAUAUUCAGGGAAGACACAAAUAAUAAUAGAUUAUUUUAAGGAUAACCUCUAAACUUUCUACUUCUUUGCCAAGGAUUAACAGUCAAAAAUAUACUAAGAAUUUCUGUAGCUCUAGGACUUUGUUCAGUCUCCUUGCACUCCAAGUGUCUCCUUUGAGGCUAGCAAGGCUGGUAGGACCUCAGGAAUUAUCUAAGAAUGGGGUGUGGCCCUUAGUGAUACUGUAACACAAUGUGUUUAUGACAUCAGCUUUUUUUUCCACUGUAGUGAAUCAUAGCAUGUUAGAGUUAGAAGGCUCAGUGUUGACGGAGUUACUGAAGGAAUGAUACAGUAAGAGACUCUUUUCUAAGAAACUCAACUUUGCAGUGAUUCAGGCCCACUUCUGAAGAGACAGCCUUUUAUCUCAAUGAGCGACACAGAAGAACCAGCAGGCACCCCCUCUGAGGAAGAGGACUUUGGUGAUUCAAGGACAUACGACCCAGAUUUCAAGGGGCCUGUUGCCAACAGGAGUUGUACAGAUGUUCUGUGCUGUAUGAUCUUCCUACUGUGUAUUAUUGGCUACAUUGUUUUAGGACUUGUGGCCUGGGUACAUGGGGACCCCAGAAGAGCAGCCUAUCCUACAGACAGCCAGGGCCACUUUUGUGGCCAGAAGGGCACCCCCAAUGAGAACAAGACCAUUUUGUUUUACUUUAACCUGUUACGUUGUACCAGUCCCUCCGUGAUGCUAAACCUACAGUGCCCUACCACACAGAUCUGUGUCUCCAAGUGCCCACAAAGAUUUUUAACCUAUGUGGAAAUGCAACUUUUAUACACAAAAGACAAGAGCUACUGGGAAGACUACCGUCAGUUCUGUAAGACCACUGCUAAGCCUGCAAAGUCUCUCACACAACUUUUACUGGAUGAUGAUUGUCCAACAGCGAUUUUUCCAAGCAAACCUUUUCUCCAGAGAUGUUUCCCUGACUUCUCUACCAAAAAUGGCACUUUAACAAUAGGAAGUAGAAUGGUGUUUCAAGAUGGAAAUGGAAAGACAAGAAGUGUUAUAGAACUCAGGGAUGCUGCAAAUGGUAUUAAUAAACUACUUGAUGCAAAGUCACUUGGAUUGAAAGUCUUUGAAGACUAUGCAACAACUUGGUAUUGGAUUCUCAUUGGGCUUACGAUCGCCAUGUUCCUUAGUUGGAUAUUUUUGAUACUCCUGAGGUUCAUAGCUGGAUGCCUCUUCUGGGUCUUCAUGAUUGGUGUGAUUGGAAUUAUAGGUUAUGGAAUAUGGUACUGUUACCAGGAAUACAUCAAACUUCAGGAACACCCAAGUUCUGUAUUAACUAUCUAUGACAUCGGGAUUCAGACUAGCAUAAGCUUGUACUUUCAACUGAAACAAACAUGGUUCACAUUUAUGAUAAUACUCUGCAUCAUCGAAGUGACUGUCAUCCUCAUGCUGAUCUUCCUCAGGAAUCGAAUCCGAGUGGCCAUUAUCCUGCUAAAGGAAGGAAGCAAAGCCAUUGGAUACAUUCCUAGUACAUUAGUUUAUCCAGCUUUAACUUUCAUUUUGCUCUCAAUCUGCAUUUGCUAUUGGGUCGUGACAGCAGUUUUCUUGGCCACGUCAGGGGUACCUGUAUACAAAGUCAUAGCCCCAGAGGGGCACUGUAUACAUGAAAAUCAAACCUGUGACCCAGAGAUUUUUAAUACAACUGAAAUUGCCAAAGCUUGUCCUGGGGCUCUGUGUAGCUUUGCUUUCUAUGGUGGAAAGAGCUUGUACCAUCAAUACAUCCCUACCUUUCAUGUAUACAACUUAUUUGUCUUUCUCUGGCUUAUAAACUUUGUCAUUGCAUUGGGUCAGUGUGCCCUUGCUGGUGCAUUUGCUACUUAUUACUGGGCCAUGAAAAAACCUGAUGACAUCCCACGAUACCCACUUUUUACUUCAUUUGGACGAGCCAUACGAUAUCACACAGGAUCCCUAGCAUUUGGAUCUUUAAUUAUUGCAUUAAUUCAAAUGUUUAAAAUUAUCUUAGAAUAUUUGGACCACCGUCUUAAACGUACCCAGAACACACUUUCUAAAUUCCUACAAUGCUGCCUGAGAUGCUGUUUCUGGUGUUUGGAAAAUGCAAUAAAGUUUCUGAACAGAAAUGCCUAUAUUAUGAUUGCAAUAUAUGGCAGAAACUUCUGCAGGUCAGCAAAAGAUGCUUUCAAUCUGCUGAUGAGAAAUGUUUUAAAAGUUGCAGUUACAGAUGAAGUUACAUACUUUGUAUUAUUCCUGGGGAAAAUUCUAGUUGCUGGAAGUAUAGGUGUUCUGGCCUUCCUAUUCUUCACACAAAGAUUACCAGUGAUUGCACAAGGACCAACAUCUUUAAAUUACUACUGGGUACCUUUGCUGACAGUCAUUUUUGGGUCUUACCUGAUUGCACAUGGGUUCUUCAGCGUCUAUGCAAUGUGUGUUGAAACAAUUUUCAUCUGCUUCUGUGAAGAUCUGGAAAGAAACGAUGGAUCUACAGAAAAACCCUACUUCAUAACCCCUAACCUGCACGGAAUUCUGAUCAAGAAGCAACUAGUUCCCCAGAAGCAGAAAGAGUAGAAAAGCUCCAAACAGUGUCACUCAUAUUUAAGUAGAAGUUGUGUAAAUUUGGUUGAUUGUAAUUUGAAAAUGUUGCUUUUGAGUAAUGUGAAAUUUCUGUGCUUAAUUCUAAGAAGUCAGCACCUGGUACCACCUGAGGUGUCAGGCAUUUGAUGACAUUAGCUGCUGUCUACUUUAUAGACUGUGUUCCCAACUAAAGAUCAAAAUGUUAAUGUCAAACGUUUUUUAAAAUCUGUAGCUGAGAGUGUUUUAAUAACUUUUAUAACUCAGUGUGCUGUUUCCAUUGCGGCACUUUGAUAGCCUUUCUUUUUAUAAGUGUAUAUUUGUAAAGGAUAUUCAGGCAAUUUUUGAAAACACUAUAAAUGUGUAAUUUAUUAGCCAUAAAAUAUUGAUUUAUAGUUAACCAGCAUAUGGUACUAAAUUUGUAAAUAUGGUGCUAUGGUUAUAUUUAUACUGUUCAAGCUGGUGGACAACUCUCUAAACUGUGAUUAAACUUGUAUUAAUGGUUCCCUAGGAAGUAUAUUUCAGUGAGUCAAGUCCAUAACAAACAUAGAUGUUAAUGUUAUAUAGGUUCUACAGAGAGCAUUACUGGGUAAAAAGUACUGUGGAACCUUCAUAGCGCAUUCUGUUUCAUUGGAAUGAUGUUUAUAUUGAAGUCCAAUCUGAGUUCUGGAGUGUCAUUUCCAACAACAUGAACCUCUGUCCACAGUGAAAAUGUUCUGAACAAACUGAAAUUGCUACAUAACUCAUGCCUUUUGUCUUUAACCCAAAUUUCCUAUUUCCACUAUAUAGAAAACCAGUAUGAAUUUGUUUCAGAAGAAUGAUUAUAUCUUUUCAUGAGCAUACCUGUAUUUCUAGAUUAAAGAGAUUGUGUGGCUUUGUUCCACAAAAGGCUUAAUUUUGUCUCAACUUUCAGCAAGGAAAGAGAAAAGUAAGACACUUCAGAUUUUACCCUAAGGAAAUAUACUGUCGGCCCUCACCAUCCUUUAUUCGAGGCUUACUGCAGGUUAGGAACUCUCCCUGCAGGGCUUAGGAGGAAGGUUAUGCCCACCUGCCACUCCUGCUGGCCAGAGGUUUCUGGUAGUCAUGCCUAAGUUUUGAAUGACAGAACAAAGCAUGAAUCAGACACACACCUUGCUUAGCCAUCCCCUGUGUGCGAUGCAUAUGAUGUGGUUAAUGGUGCAAAAAUGCAUCCCAAAAGGAGCAUUGAAUCAAUUUGUAUCUUCUUGGCUUUUACCUUAAGCUUAUGUAUAAGGAUUAUGUAUGUAUUGACAGAAAGGAACAUGUCAAUCUAACAUGUUGCUCUGAAUAUCACCCAUGUUUCCAAGAAAAGAUUCAGAAAUGUAUUAUUGUGUUAUAGAUUGAUAUAAAUACUUAUUAUCUUCAAGUGUAGAAACCUAGAUUUAAAUUGACUCUAUGGCAGAUUAAUUACUAGCAAUAAGCCAAUGAAUAGGGAAGACUUUUAAUAUGUAAUGCUGGUGGCUUACAUUCUUGAGAUUAUUGUAUUCAAAAGUGUCGCCUGGCUUCAUAUUUUGGCAAACAGCCUUCUACAUUCUUAUUCUCCUUGAAGCAUAAGGCAGAGAAUAAUGACAACUUCUCUAUCUAGAUUAUUAUUAUUUUGUUUUUCAACAAGACAAGGGCCACAACAAAGAACUAGUAGAAUAGUGACCUCUACCUGAGAAUUUGUUAUAACUAUAGAUGUCUGUGCUCUGCCCAGGAGAUUCUGAUAUAUUGUGAUUUGAUAUGAGCCACAAUGUGAAUUAUUAUAAAGUUCUCUAGCUGAUUCUGAUAUAUAUAAAAGUUGAAAAAUUGGCCAGCUGCAGUGGCUCACACCUGUAAUCCCAGCACUUUGGGAGUCUGAGCUGGACAGAUUGCUUGAGACUAGGAGUUCUAGACUAGCCUAGGUAACAUGGUGAACCCCCAUCUUUAUUAAAAAUAUAAAAAUUAGCCAACUUUGCUGGCACACACCUGUAGUCUCAGCUACUCAGGAAGCUGAAACGUGAGGGUUUCUUGAGCCAAAGAAGUCAAGGCUGCAGUUAACUAUGAUCAUGCCACUGCAUUCCAGCCUGGGUGACAGAGCAAAACUGUCUCAAAAAAAAAAAAAAAAAAAGUUGAAAAAUCACUUGAAUAAAACAUAAAUCAAUACAUGAAAGUAGUUGCCAAUUUAUAUUAUGGGCUAAUAUCUAGUCAGAAAAAUAUUCUCCAUUUACUACUUAUUUGUGUAAUUCAAAUAUGUAGAAUAAAAACGAGCAUUGUUUUUGAGAAGAUAUUUGCAAGCCAUUUUCUUAGAAAGCAAACUAUUAACUGUGAAAAAACAGGGCAAUAUUCCUCAAAACUUGCAGUCAAUGGGCUUGAAAUCUGAAAUUUCACAAUGUUUAUUUUUCAAGGCUGUACUAUCUAAAUUGUUGAUGACAAAACAAAAUUUUAAACAAAGAUAGUAAUUUAGAAAGUAUAUUUUAAAAAUGAAGGUGAAAGUUAUUUUCUCAAUCAUGCAACUGAGAGACAUGCAAUAUUGGCAGAAUCUGACCUGUUACACAGAAUGAAAUAAUAUCUUGCUGACAUAACAAGGGCUGAUUGUUUUCUCAUAACUAUGUUUACAGUAACGUUGAUGCCAAACUAUGCUGUUUUUAAAAAAUAAGUAUUUUGAAUUGCUGUAAAGCAAGUAUACAGCAGAUGGCGAUGUUACUUCUCUUACAGUUCUGCUUUGAUAUUUAAUCUGUACCAUUCUUCCUCCUAGUGGAAGAUUUAGAAAGACACGAUGGUUCUCCUGCAAGACCUUAUUACGUGAGUCAACCUCUGCUGAAGAUUUUCCAAGAGGAAAAUCUACAAACUAAGAAGCAGUAGAAGAGCAAACUGGUCGUCCUACAGCUGUGUUACCUUUUCUCCAUCUGCUGUGUCUGUGCAACAUUUGUUUCAUAAGUGCUUUGUAUUUAGCAACACUGUAUUCACGACCUUGUUGGCUUGCAUUUGCAUGUUUUAUACCAAAGCUUAUACUGUAAUACGUGAAGCCAUCAGAAGUCGCAAGGGAAUUGUUAAUAACAUAAAACAUUUUUAUACUAAGAUCAUUUGUUUUGUAAUUCAUUUUUAAAAAGUGGCUUGGAUGUUUUGAAAAUACUACUGAAUAUGUUAAUAUUCUUUUAAAUCUUAGAUUGAAAAAUAAUACAUUAUUUAAAUUGAUAGCUCCUAAUAUAUUUUUUAAUUUACAACUAAAAGACUUCUUCUGCAGGGAAAAUUGGUUAGCAAAGUGAAAUUAAAAAUUUUAAAGCUUUUCCCACUCUUGUUGGACAGUAAAUCAGUUGAAGGACUGCCCCACUUCAGAGUUAGAAUGUUUCCUAUUAAACAAAUUGCCAAUCAUCCAGCCGUUACUACUUCGCCCUCUGACAAAGUGCCUUACUGGCUGUUUAAUAUUACCCAGCUUUUAUGGGCAAGUUUACAAACAUUGUUUUAAAAAAUUUAAAACCUGCAAUGUUUAGUUAUUAAAACAAGUCUUACUGCAUUUGUUUCACUCUUAGCUCACUGAUUGGAAAACAUUUGUCAUUUUGCUCUGUUGGAUAACCUCACUAUUAUAGAAUACAUUGUGCAGCUAAACAAUUUCCCUUGCGCCUAGUGGACAUUCAUGAAUGUGUACUACACGCAAGAAGAAAAAAAAAACAAAUCCUGAAAGAACACUUGUCGGGUUUCUGUGUUUUUUUACUAAAAGAGAAGUUUAAAAAUGAAAUGUUUUCUAUGGUAGAUCUUUGAAAAUACAAUAGGUAUAAUACUGCAUUUCUCAGUGUUUUACAAAGAUCAGAAAGGGAAAAAGGGAAACUUUACUCCUCGAAAGGGUGCUCAUGGAUGUCAUGUACGGAAUAGCUCCCUUUUGAACAAUCAUUUAUUUUCAGCAAAGCCUAUUCUAUAUAUGCCAUUUCAUUUUCUCACCUUUGGUAUGAAAUAAUCAGUUUACUUACAGUAUGUUAAUUUAUUGUGUAACUAUAAACAGGAACAUAAUUUCCAAGUCAGUUUUAAAUAAUUUGACCAGUACUACUAACUUUUAAGGAAAUUAAUUCAGUUGGUUACUCAGUGUUACAGAAAGAGUCCAUAAAAGUAUUCACCCUAAGAAUGUCAAUCAUAUAAUGAUAAUUUGUGAAAGCUUUGAGAAUCAAUCAACAGUAGGUUACUAUCAGUUUGUAUUAUCACAUUUGUGUAAAUGUGACUUUAGAUACUUUUAUGCCAAAAAUAAACUCACAUGAGCACAUGACAGUCUGAGCUCUAUAAUCGGUGUGCUUCUGCUGUGCAGAAAUGUUAGAAAUGUAAUUGUCUAAAUAUCUUUGAUAAUUAAAAUGUUUAAUAUUUGAUGAAAUUUGUUGUUAUUGUUUUAAAUCGAUUUGUUUUUUCUUUUAAUAAAGAUUUAAAUAAGAAA